AUGCCUGCCAAAGUGGACGAAGUCUCAACUACAGUUUCUUCAAUUGGGCAAGAUGCGCGUGCGCAAACGGAGUGGUUUGACCGUUGGGCUUCACAGAUGAAUGCAAAAAGUGCGCAGUGGGAGUUGCUCCGUGGAGGCAAAUGGGUUCCGUUCGGCCUGGGUCUCUGCGCCAAGCUUGCAGGCGCUCUUCAACGAGGCGACAGCACGCUUCAAUACGUGGCCAGCAAUGGUCAGGAACACAUGUUCAAUUUCCAAACCAUGGAGCAGAUCAACGUAGCCACCGGCAAAGCAAGAUCCAUGCGACGAGUCCUGUGGGAGAUCGAGCUGGAUUUGGGGUGGGUUCUGGUGGAAGACGAUUUAGCACUUCAGUUGCAGACGCACGAGCUCCAAGACGCGCUAGAAUUUGAGUACUUUGCCAGAGGUAUGACCUACACCAUAAACAUAUGGGGGGCGUACCAGCUCAACAAGGAUCUGGGCACCAAGCGUGCCUUGCGCAAAGUGUCGCUGGAGGAAACGCCACCCAAGAUGAAUCGGCAGCAGCUUCGCACGGCCUUGGAGGACGACUUUCCUCAGUUUACCUGUGCAGUGCGCCAGUGGCUGAAGAUGAGGUGGCCAUGGCAGCUGCUCGGUGACUGUGCUAUAGAUGCAUCACAGUUUGUUGAGACGGGAUUGGCUGAUGAGAUUGCUUCUGGAUUGGAGGGGAUACAAGAUGGUCCCCCGCAGCUGGGAGACAUUCUCCAGAACAUCCUCUGGUUCGACUAUGUGGAUUCUUCCAAGCAGGAGAAGUUGACACAAAGUCAGGCUGACGCUUUCAAAGAAACACUAGUGGUCAAAGCGAUCAUUCAGGAGGCUCGCUGGCGAUGGGGCCAAGCAGGAGCAGAGGAUGCUGUCAGCGCGCUCUGGGCGGAUUUGGGCCUGAAAGCAACCGUGAGCAAGCUUGAGUUUCUCGUGGCAGGUGGUUUGGGCGACGAGCUCUCUCAGGUUCUGACUUCCAGUUGUGAAAGCGUGGAUGAUUGGAUAAUGCAGCACAAGCUGCCGCUGUGGGAAGGCCAGGAGUGUGCUCUGUGUUUCUCUCCCAUCGGCCAAGAAGAUGCGGGCCGACGCAUGCGGUGUGGCUGCUGGCUACAUUUUGAAUGUUUGGGUCAUGGGCUGCAGGUCCUGAUUAAUGAGCACACUGUGGAUGAUACGCGCAUGAGUACCUGUCCAGCUGGCUGCGGCCGGCCGCUGGGGCGCAUCAUCCCUCCUGGUGUCAUCCACAGGGCUGUGGGUGAUCAGCUCUUCUCCAAGUACCUGGACUUGCGUGUAGAGGUCCAGUGGCAGAAGGAAGCCAUGGAUUCGGGAAAGCUUGUUGCCAAAUGUCCUGGCUGCAGCUUUCUGGUCCUCUGCAACGAACAGGAGGAGAUGUACUCCAUCAAGUGCUUGCGGAAAGGUUGUGUUGUGGAUCGCUUCUGCGCGCUCUGUGGCAUGGCACAACAUCGACCCCCCUGGACAUGUAAAGAGUAUGAGGAGAGAGUUUUCUACAAGGACGCCGUCCCGAAGGUAUGCAGAAAGAUUGAGGAGGCCCUGGUAGAAGCGCUGCACAGGCGUUGCCCUGGAUGCUUGGUGCCAACAGAAAGGACGGACGCGUGCUGCCACAUGACGUGUUCCCACUGCAGAACAGAAUUCAGUUGGGUGUGUGGGAUGGAAUAUGCCCUCUGCCGCCGUGAGCAUUCCUGCCUGAACGGGGCUAUCUAUUUACACUCCAUGCCAAAGCUUGUGGAACUUUUGGCGUCACGUGGUCUUCCAGCAACGGAUCAAAAUGGAAGCGAUAUUUUUCUGGAGCUGCGCUGCAUCUAUCUGCUCUCACAAGUCCGUCACGAUGUUGGGGAACAAACCUGGAACCGCACGCGUGUCGAGCACCCCGAACUUCUAACUGAUGUCAUCCGGAGUUCGUGGAGCAUUCCGUGGAAUGAAAUUGGCAAUGUCAAGCGCCUGACUAAACUAUUGCCUUACGCCUUUCCGCCACUAGGCCAUGACAGAGAUGGCGUCAGGGAGAGACCUGCGCUCCUCACUGUGCUGGAUGAAGUCCUCUGA